AUGUAUCUCCGAGCCGCACACGUCGAGAAGAGCGUCCAAGUGCUCCAACAACUAAUCCACGACAACCCGCUCGGUCUCCUCACGACCGCCAUCAAAUCCACCGACCACCCAUUCAUCCAGACGAGCCACAUCCCCUUCCUUCUCGAUGUGCCUCCCACAAGCGAGGAGGAUGAGAAUGCUUCCAACGGGAUCCUGCGUGGGCACAUCGCCAGAGCGAACCCGCAAGCCAAAGCGCUGAUGGAAGCGCUGGCAGCGGAACAAGCAAGCGGAAAAAACACCCUAGAAUUACCAGACGAAGUCCUGGUCUUAUUCAACGCCCCGCACCACCACUACGUCACUCCCAAAUUCUAUACCGAAACCAAGCCCGCGACAGGCAAAGUCGUCCCGACGUGGAACUACGCCGCCGCGCAGGCCUACGGACGGAUUAAGGUCUACUGCGACAGCAAGUCUGAGGAGACGCAGAGCUUCCUCCAGACACAGAUUGAGGAUCUAUCGCAGCACGCGGAAGGGUCGAUCAUGGGCUCAUCCACGCCGUGGAAGGUGUCCGAUGCGCCUGACUCGUAUGUCGACCUGCUGAGGAAGAAUAUCAUCGGGGUUGAAAUUCGCAUUGAGCGCUUGCAGGGCAAGUUUAAGAUGAGUCAGGAGAUGGGCGUGGGUGAUCGCCAGGGUGUUAUACAGGGGUUUGAGAAAUUAGAGUCCGAUGUGGGUCAGGGCGUGGCGGCGAUGGUUAAGGAGCGAGGUGAGUUGAAGGACUCCAAGAAGGGGUAG